UGACGGGAGGACGCUGGUUUGUCGCCCUAGAGAGUCACUGGAGGGGACAUCCAUCUCCAGUACCCCCUGGGAAGCGUCUGGUUACCCUCUACUCUUUCACUCACUGCCUGAAAGCUCAUAUUGCAAAUGCGGCAGGGCCGGCGGGCAGCCGUGGGCUGUCCUGAGUCCUGGGCCGUCUUACCUCGUUGACCUCUCAUGUCCAGACGUUCACGCUGGUUUAGAAUUGGCUGCCUCGGCCUGCAGCGUUCACAAGAUCCCCCCACGGUCAGCACCACGAUAGACCUGGCGACAAAGGCCCCGGCCCGGCCCUGGGCUCUGGAGGGCAGCCCAGGCCCUCCCCCAGCUGUGCCAUCCUCGCGGAGCCAAGAAUGCCCAGGGCCGAGGCAAAGUGCCAGCUGGAGCCCAAGACCCCAAGACCAGUCUCUGGGUGCCCAAGACCCAGGGUCUCCUACCCACGUCCGGGACUAUUCGGACCUCUGCCAUAGCCGCUCAGCUGCUCUAGACGGCCAGGAAGGAGGGCCGUCCCCACAAUCCACCCUGCCCCGUCCCAGGGCCCACGCGUGCCCUGCCCAGUGGACGGGGAAGCCCCACACGGCGGGCCUUGUCCUAAAGGCGGGUGUGUGGGUGGGCCUUCUACCAGUUGUCCCUCUACCGUUGUCAGCCCCUCCUGCCGUGGGGUUCUGGGCCUGCUGGGUGAGGUUCAGACCCCUCCCUGCCAACCCCACUGUGAAAACUGGGAGGCUGCCCGCUCCAGGAGGGCCAGAGGCAAGAGCCUGCCUCCCAGCGUCCCCGGAGAGGUCUACCACGACGAGGCUGGAGGACACCGUCCUGAGCCCCAUGGCCAGCAGAGAAGACCGGGCGCUGACCGUGCACAGGGGAGGACGGCGGGCCUCACCCAUCCCCGUGCCUGCCUGCAUCCGUGAGAUCGUGGCUGGCAGCCUGGGCGAGGAGCCGCCCCAAGGGGUGCGGGAGCCGCCAGCCGCCGCGGCCCACGUGCGGGAGGAACACGAGCUCCUGCAGGAGGAGCCGUCCCGGCUGGAGGAGCUGCUGGCCCAGGCGGGGGCCGAGCCGGACGAGCUGGCCGGCAGGCACCACGCAGUCAGCGAGCGGCUGCAGGCCCGGCUGGAGGCCACCGAGGCGCGGCUGCGGAGGUCAGAGCAGGAGCACAGCAUCGACCUGGAGGAAGCCCUCGGCUGGCUAGAGGCUGCCGAGCAGAGGAGCAUUGGCCUCUCCCAGGUGAACACCCUCCUGCGGGAACAGCUAGGACACAUGAAGAAGGCCAACGACACACUGGCCGAGGAGCUGGCCGGGACGACGGGCAGCGUGCUCCGUCUGCGGGCUGAGCUGGAGCUGCGGGAGAGGCAGCGCUGGACCCAGAGAGAGACCCAGCAUACUCGCGCCGGGGGGCACCAGGAGGUCCUCCACCUGCAGAGACAGGUCACAGCCCUCCGUGGACACCUGGCUGAGCUGCGUGCAGCCACCGAGAGGGGCCUCGCUGACAUGCGAGUGGACGCGGCCAGGACGGCCCAGCGCCUGCACACGGCCUGCCUGAACCUCGGCUCCAGCCUGCGGCUGACGGCCAGCCGCGCAGCCAGCGCCCUGGCGCAGCAGCUGCAGGACACGGUGCAGGAGAUGCUGCAGCUGCAGGGUCACUGGGACGCCGAGAAGGUGGCCCUCCAGGCCAGACUCUGGGAGCAGACGUUGCUGGUGGGGAAGCUCACAGAGCAGAACGCAGACCGGGAGGAAACCGUCUCCUCCCUCAGACCGGAGGUUCAGGAACUGGAGUCCCAUCGCAGUGGAGGCCGGCCGGCCCCGGCAGACUUGAGGGCUGAGGUCCAAUCCCUGCAGCUCACCUUGGACAGCAUCACGAAGGUGGCGCAGGCAGACGCGGGGUGCCCGGAGCCAGCCUGCAGCGGCAGCAUCCGAGGCCAGGAGGCGCAGGGCCAACCAAGGAGCCCCCCACGGGCCGCGUCCCCCGCACGGGCCUGCUCCCCGGCCGCCCCGGACCCCGCGCCGCGGGCUGUGCAGGCGGCCAUUGAGCAGGAGCUGCGCCAGCGGCCGGAGUCCUCCGAGGCAGCGGCCGCCGGGCUCCACGAGCAGCCGUCCGAGAGCCAGCGGCAGCUGCGGGCCUCGCGGAGGCUCCUGCAGGAGCAGGCCCGGGAGCGCCAGGGCCUCCCGGGCAAGCUGGGGGCGCAGCGCUGCCGGGAGUCCGGCGAGCUCCCGGGAAGGAGGGCCAAAGAAAAAAUUAAUCCCAGUCCCGCUCUUGAAAAACGCACGGGAGAUGUGGGCAAAGAGGACUCGGCGCUUCAGAGCACGGCCGGGGGAGAGCUGCUGAGGCUGCAGCUCUGGCUGCCGGGCGACCUGCAGAGGGGACCUGGCCGGCGGCGGCCAGCGGCGAGCACAGCUUUGACAGGGUCGGCCGCCAGGGCAGGUGAGCAGCGCAAGCAGACCUGGGGCUGUGGGGCUCCCGUGGGGCAGGCGCCCCUCCCCGCGCUGGGUUCUGCAGGGCUGGCGGAGCCUAGCCUACAGGGGACAGGCCAGCCAGGGCCCGAGCCGCUGGUCUUCUCGUCCGUCCCGCUCGUCCCUGAGCCCCGGCCCCGAGUGGCCUCCACGGCCCCCGCACUGUCUAACCUCCCGGUACUCGGCCGAGGCUCCAAUGCGCCCAGCGAGGGUCCCUGGGCUCCCGUCCCCGGCUGCACGCCCGGGCCCCCAGCUUCUCCUCCCCUGCUCCCAGAGAGAAGGCAGCUCUGGAGGAGCGGGGGAGGAGCCGGGGGGAAGGUGGAUGUUUCGCACGAGGAGCGGCCGUCUGCAGGCCAGGAACGCGGGGCUGCAGAGAGGCGUCCUGCGGGGGCGCGGGGCAGAGGAGGGGCUGGCGAAGCAGCGGGCUGUCCUGUCCCCUCUGGGCCCCGGCGUCCUCAGCUGCUGAUGGGACCUCUUCUUCACCAGCCUCAUCGCAGGGGUCAGGGUGCCUGGCGAGACAGCAGGCCCCGCCCACGGCGGCCGGCCCCCACCGCCACCCAGCCACCCACUCCACGUCCGGCCCAGCGCCACCCCCGGGGCAAGUCCGCCACCCUGGGCCCAGCCCAGACGGGUGCCCCAGCGAGUGCGCGCUCCUCACCCAGGCGUGCGGGCCAGGUCUCCGCUGACGGUGCCACCCCCAGCCAGAAACGGCUCAGCAGUUCCUGGCCUGCGGGGCGAGCCACGCUCCUCUGGGGCCCCUGGGCUUGGAGGCAGCUGCCCUGCCUGCCGGGCCCCCAUCUUGCCCCGAGGCGACCUAGCGCCCGUUGCCCUCUGGUUUCCGGUCUCAGUCCAGGGCGCCUGGAGCAGCUGGAGGAGAAGGUCUCGGGGCUCGAGAAGCAGCUGGUGUCGUCCCAGGAGGUGCUGAACACAGCGCGGCUGCAGGGGGACGUCCUGGAGAGUGAGGGGGAGGGUCUGCGCAGCGCCCUGGCCCGGGUACGACUUCCGCUCCUCUCCCCGCGCUGCCUGGGUCCUCAGGCCAUCCCCAGAGCCCCGAGACUCGGCGGUGGCCUCCUGGGUCCCUGGCCAGUGGGCACCGGCCCACCUUCCCUGAGCGCUGGGCACACCUUCUCUCAGGGUGCCGCCUCCCUCGGUCGCCCUGUCACCUCUCCUGGCUGCAGCUUUGUACCCGGGGGCCACCGUCUGCCCCAGAGGCCUCACCACCGCGGGCCCCCUUCCACCAGGCCCCACCCAGAGCUCCGGCUCGCACACCUCCGUGAUGCGGGGCUCGCUCCCUCCCCGGCGCUAAUAGCUCUGCCCAGGGGAAGCUCUGCCCAUGAACCUGAGAGGCCCUCCCUGGCUUCCCCGCUGGGGACCUCUGCCCUCCCGCCCCCCCAGGACGAGUCCAGCGAGACCGACCUGGAACUGCUCGCGUGCCAGCUCAAGGCGGAGGAGGUGGAACAGAGGCGCUGCCCUGCUGCCAUGGCUGUCCUGGCGGCGGGGCCGGCUCGGGACAGAGGCUCCCGGAGCCCCCUGGUCUUGCAGGUGAGACGAGGCCCAGGGGGACGGACCUUGCCCGAGCCUCGCUUCCCCGGCGUGCCUGUGGGUUCCUGCCCCCGCCCUGCUCCCCCCAGCUCAGGGCCCUGCUUUCACCCAUCCUCUCCCCACCUUCUCCCCUCCUGGACUCGGGGGUUGAGGGUGUGGGGGGCGGGGCCUGCACAUGGACCCCUCCCUGCCCCUCGGCGGCAGCUGGCGUGGGCAGAGCAGCGGUUGGAGCUCGUGCGGGCCGAGCGGAGGGGCCUGCAGCAGCCCUGCGAUCACCUGGAGGGGCGGCUGGAGAGGCUGGAGGGGCAGGUGGCCUGGCUCCGGCAAGAGCGGGCCCAGCUGCGGGAGCAGGUGGGCCAGGUCACAUGCAAGAAACAGGCCCUGGAGGAACAGCUGGCCCAGAGCCUGCAAGACCAGGAGGCCCACAUGGACGCUCUCCAGAGGGCCCUGCAGGAGAAGGAGGCUUUGUCUGAAGAGCGGGGCCAGCUGCUGGCCAAGCAGGAGGCCCUGGAGAGGCAGGGCCAGCUCACAGCUGAGGAGGCAGCUGACCUCAGGGCCGAGAGGGACUCCCUGGAGAACAGCCUCUUUGAGGCCCAGCAGCUGGCGUCACAGCUGCCGUCACAGCAGGAGCAGCUGGAGGGAGAGGCCCAGAGCGCGAGGCUGGCCCGGCAGGCCCUGCAAGUGCAAAUGGAGCGGCUGAAGAGCACCCGGGAGGUCCAGGAGACGGAGCUGCAGGGGGACGUGGGGCGGCUCUUGCAGCAGGCGGCUCAGCGGGAGCAGGAGGCGCAGCUGGCCCUGGAGAGCCAGGAGCCUGCCCAGCUCGAGGACCCAGCCCGGCUCCAGGGGGAGAAGGAGACCCUGAGUCUGUCUCUGACAGAGGAGAAGGAAGUGGCAGCACGCAGGCUGGAACAGGAGAAGGAGCUGGCGGCAAAAAGUGCAGCCAAGAGGGAGGCUCUGAAGGAGGAAAUUCAGAGCCUGAAGCACGCGCGGGAUGAGAGUCUCCUUCAGCUGGAACAUGAGAUGCGGCAGGCCCUGUCUCUGAGGGAAGCGGAGACCAGCCAGCUGAGGGAGGAGCUGUCCAGGGCCACGUGGGAGCUGGAGCUGGUGCAGCAGGAGGCCCAGGGCCGGCAAGAGCGAGCCGAGGCCACCGUCAGCGCCACGACCGCAGACCUGAAGGCCCUGCAGGCCCACUUUGAGGACGCCGUCUCGGCCCGUCACAGGGAGGCCAGGGCCCUGGGCGAGAGGCUCCGGGAGAUGGCGGCCCAGCGGAGCAGCGCCAGGAGAGAGGCCGAGAGGCUGCGGGCACAGCUGGACGAGGCCCAGGAGGGGCUGGCCGCCCUGCGCCGGGAGCUGCAGGGCAGCGAGGAGAGCCGGGAGACCCUGCACAGGGAGGCCCGGGACGCCCGCCGGGCGCUGGAGGAUGAGGCCCGAGAGAAGGCCAUGCUGCGGGAUUCCAACACCGAGCUGCGGGCCGCCAUCCGCAGAGUCGAGCAGGAGAAGGCCAGCUUUCAGCGUUCCAGGGACGAGAAGGCGCAGAUGGUGCUGGUCCUGGAGGAGGCCCGGGCAGCGGCUCAGAAGGAGGCCGGCAAGCUGCGGGCCCUUCUGCAGGACACGGAGCGGGCACGGGCAGGCGCCCGCCGGCAGCUCCAGGAGCUGCGCAGACAGGUGAUGUCGCUGGAGGCCGAGAACCAGAGGAAGAGCCACGAGCUGUGCCGGCUGCAGCAGCAGAGCCGGCAGGAGGCGCUGGAGCUGCAGAGGCUGGCGGCCGAGGCACAGGCGGCCAGGGAGGGCUGCCAGAGGGAGGUGCUGAGGCUGCGGCAGACGCUGGCGGAGGUGGAAGGCAGGGCCGAGGCCCGGGAGGAGCAGCUGGAGGAGCGCCUCCGCGAGAGCCGGGGCGCCGAGCGGAGCCUCCGGGCCGAGCUGUACGGCGUCACCAGGAAACUGCAGCAGGCCAGCGGCACGGCCGCCGGCCUCCAGGCUCGCCUGGACAGGGCCUGCCACCGGGUCGGCAGUCUGGAGCGGGAGCUGGCCCGGGCCGAGGGCGCCAGGCGGGAGGUGGAGGCCCAGCUGGGCCGGCUGUGGUCCACGCUCCGCCUGGGCCCGGGGCUCCGGGGACAGAGCCCCGUGGCCUCCCCCGAGCGGCCCGGCUCCCCCACCAAAGGCUCAGGGGGCCCCCCGGGCUGCCCCGGGCGGCAGAGUGCCAGCGCCCCCGGCCGGUCCCGCUCGCCGCUCCGACGGCCCUCGCCGGCCCCGGGAGACCGCAGCACAGAGGGGGCCGUGGCCUCGGUGAGGGACGCCCUGAGGGGCUCGGCGCAGAAGCUGCGGGAUGCCCUGAGGGAGCGGGAUGCCUGGCGCUGCCAGGUGGGGAGCCUUAGCAGCCGGCUGAGCGAGGCCGAGAGGGAGCGCGCCCGAGCCCAGAGCCGCGCGGGGGAGCUGCGGAGAGCGCUGGCCAAGGCAGAGCAAGGCCGGCGCCAGGCGGAGCGUGAGCUGAGCAGCUCACAGGCCGCGCGGGCCCUGCAGGAGGAGGCGCCCCCGAGGCUGGAGCACCUGGCAGGCGCGGAGGAGCGGAGGCUCCAGAAGCAGCUGGACACGCGGCACCAGGCCCUGGACGAGAGCAGGAGGCACAGGCAGGGCCUGGCGCAGAGGGCGCUGCUAGAGGAGAAGGUCGCCCCCCUGGAGCGCAGGCGAGGGGUCCCUGCGGCAGCCGAGCCGGGGGCUCAGCCUCAGGCCGGAGCGACCGGCCCACGGGCUCCGGUGGCGGCGGCGGCGGCGGCGCAAGGAGGAGGCGGCGGGCGCAGCGCGUGGAGAGACGUGUCCCGCGGGAGGAGCGGCCGCGCUGCGCCCCGGGCGGCCCGCCUGCAGGGGGAGCUCGCGGUGCACCGGGCCCAGGAACAGGCACGGCCCAUCCAGCUGACCCUGGCGGAGUGCGCGGCUGGGCUUCAGGCCUGGGAUUCUGAUGCCCUCUCAGCACCCCCAGGUGUGGGCAGGACAGGGAGUCCAGAGGGAAGACAGACCAUCGGGCACCCCACACGCUGGACGGCCCAGGCCCUGGGCAUCCUGGCCAGGAGCUCCCUCCCCCGCCGACCCUGCCAGCUCUCAGGGGAUCCGGAGCCCUUCCCGGGGGCACCCCGCGUGCUCUCCAGGGACAAGGCUGGCCUGAGCUCACACCCCUGCCAGAGACCGUGGCAGGCUCUGCUCUUGCAGCCAGAGCUGAGGAGGGAAGGGGACAACACGAGGGCGGGGGCCGAGAAGGAGCCGCUGGACCAUACCCUGAGCCUCCUGCACCGGGAAGCGGACAGGGCCCUGAGGCAAAACCAGCUGGGCUCCAUGCACCCCAAUCUUGGGAGUGGGCCGGGGCCCGGGGCUGGGCGUGUCCAGGUCCAGAAGGUGGAGCUGGAGCAGGCCUAUGCCCAGCGGCUCCAGGAGCUGGCCACCCAGCACCAGCGAGACCUGGCGGUGGGGGCCAAGCAGCUGCACGGGGCCCAAGUACAGGCUGCACAGGCCCUGGCGUCCCGAGAGAGGACCCACCAGCAGCGGGUGAAGGUGCUGGAGAAGCAGGUGGCCAGCCUGAAGGAGCAGCGAGACCAGGAAGCGCAGCGGCGGCGACGAGCCUGCCUCGGCCAGGCCUUCCGGGCCAAGAACUCUGUAAACAUGGGGAAACACGUGGAAAACAUUUCCACCAACUGGAGCCAAAAACAUAAUGUCCCGCAGGGCCCAGCUACCACAUCCCUGCGCACAGGGGCGGCAGGACCUCCGUAUCCAGGAACUGCAGGGCCGUCACGGUGGCAGGUGGCUGCAAGGGACUCAGAGUCCAGUCGCCACCCGGCCCCCAGCCCCGUGCUCCCCGCCCCGUGA